UUUUUGCGAUGGGACGGAAAAAGCAGGGGAAAUGCGAGCGACCGGUGAACAGAGGCAAAGACACGCGGCACAAGAUGAAAGGCAAAUCCCUGGAGACUUUUACCGAAGAGAUGCACGAGGCCCUGCAAGCGAGUGAAGAUGCUGGAGGGGAGGGAGCAGCAGGUGUGGUAAAGCUGCCAUGCCCGUUGGCGAUGUGGGAUUUGGGUCACUGCGACCCGAAACGCUGCACAGGUCGUAAACUGGUCCGGAAGGGUUUGGUACGGAGCCUUCGACUCAACCAGCGCUUUAACGGACUCAUUCUCAGUCCCAUGGGAACCAAAUACGUCACACCUGCAGAUAGAGAGAUUGUGGCACAGAGUGGGCUUGCUGUGAUCGACUGUUCGUGGGCGCGGCUGGAGGACACGCCCUUCAGUAAGAUGAUUGGCUCUCACCCGAGGCUGCUGCCGUACCUGGUGGCGGCGAACCCGGUGAACUACGGUAAACCGUGCCGGCUGUCCUGCGUCGAGGCUUACGCUGCCACCUUCUGUAUUGUGGGUUUUCGGGAUCUGGCAGUAAUCUUGCUAAGGAAGUUUAAAUGGGGACUUGGUUUCCUGGACCUUAAUAAAACUCUUUUAGAGCGUUAUGCUGCCAGCCAAUCAGAGGAGGAGCUCCUGGCUGUGGAGAAAGAGUACCUGAGCUCCACCCCUCAGGAGGAGGAGUUUGAUCCCUUUGAUGUGGACUCUGGCAGGGAGUGCAUGAACCUUAAUCGACCACUCCGGGGGGAGGAGGAAGAAGAUGACAGUGGCAGUGGAGAUGAAGAAUCAUCAGAGGAAGAGGAGGGUGACUCUGAGGAGGAAAAGAAGAAUGAGGAAGAUGAGGAAGAUGAAGAACAGGAAUCCUGAGAUCUGAGAGUGAUCGACAGGGAAAAGAGGUGGUUGUUUUUCAUCCAACCAAAUGAAUGAACACCCUCAAAAACCGCCACUACAAAAGUGUUUCUUAUUAUUUAUGUAACAUCCACAAAAAAAUACCCUUAACUGAAAUCAGUGUACAACAUGCCACGGUCAGUUCAGUGUCAGUAAACGUGGGGCGUGUUUUUAAUGGUAACUGUUGAAAGCCUGGAUCAUGAGCAGCGGAUGCCUGCUUUGUGGUGCGUACUGUAGAAAGAGCUGAAGAUCAGAGAAUCAGAGAGAAGGAUCCAUUUAGUUUCAUUCAGAAUCACUCAGUGCUUCAGUCCUUUACUCUCAGUGAAAGGCAGCCGUGUAAAAACCCCUGCGGGAGGAAACCCUCCACUGCGCCAGGCAGUGUGACUUUCUGGGCUCU